AUGUCUGACACCGGUCGCAAGGAUUUCACCACUAAGGCCAAGGAGGAGAUCACUCCUGACUCCACCAAGUCCACUCAGGACAAGGUCAAGGAGACCGUCACCGACACUGGUGACCGCGUCGCUCGUGGUCUCCAGCCUGAUGACAACAAGAGCGGUGGCCAAGAGGCCUUUGACAAGACCCAGCGUGCCCACGAUGAUGGCAACGGCGGUGCCACUAGCUCAAUUGGCGACAAGGUCAAGAACGCUCUUGGCAUGGACAAAUAA